GAGCCUUUGAAGUUUAACUCUUGUUCUAAUUCCAAAGAUUUUCAUAGCAUUACCAAUUUUAGCUCUAUUUAUACCCACACAGCUGUGAAUGGUGAUUUGGCAGCACCUGCAGUUCCAGGUGCUCAACUUUCCAUCAUGACCCACAGUUCUUCUCCAUCUUUAACUUUUAAAAAAAGUGUGUGUUCCUUUAAGACCCCCAAGGAUGUUUUACAACCUUGGCCUUUUGACUCUGCUUGGAUGGUACAUGAUGGAAUAUUCCAGUUCAAUCAUGCUGAUUUCCAUUAGUUUUCUACACAUUGAAGCAUUACUUGACAAUGGAACUACAUCAUUUAAUGAUACAACAACAAGUCCUCCAGAAGAAAAUGGUCACCCCCAGCAUCUAUUGACUUCAAUGCUGAUCUUGAUUUUGGUGUUCAUAAUUCUAGUUUUUUUAGCUGGCUAUUUCUUUAGGUUCAGGAAACACAGAAAAGCAGUGGUGAAUUCCAGUGACAAAAAAAUGCCAAACGGAAUCUUAGAAGAGCAAGAACAACAAAGGGUGAUGCUUCUCAGGAGGUCUCCCUCUGGCCCAAAGAAGUAUUUUCCUAUUCCAGUGGAGCACCUGGAAGAGGAAAUUCGGAUCAGAGCAGCUGAUGAUGGAAAACUAUUUCGGGAAGAGUUUAAUUCAUUACCUCCUGGAUAUAUGCAAGGAACACUUGAGAUGGCCAACAAAGAGGAAAACAGAGAGAAAAACAGAUAUCCCAAUAUAUUACCUUAUGAUCAUUCCAGAGUGGUAUUAACGCAGACAGACGGAGCUCCGUGUACAGACUAUAUUAAUGCUUCAUACAUAGAUGGGUACAAGGAAAAGAAUAAAUUUAUAGCAGCUCAAGGUCCUAAGCAAGACACGACAAAUGAUUUCUGGAGGAUGAUAUGGGAACAGAAGACUGCCACGAUUGUCAUGUUAACAAAUAUAAAAGAAAGAAAAGAGGACAAAUGUUUCCAAUACUGGCCUGAUCAAGGAUGCUGGACUUACGGAAACAUCCGAGUUUCAGUGGAAGACUGUAUAGUGCUUGUGGAUUAUACCAUUCGGAAGUUCUGUAUUCAGUCACAGGUAUCUGAAGGUUGCAAAGCUCCAAGACUUGUAACUCAGCUUCAUUUCACCAGCUGGCCUGAUUUUGGAGUGCCUUUCACACCUAUUGGAAUGCUGAAAUUCCUAAAGAAAGUAAAGUCAUUGAAUCCUACACAUGCUGGGCCAAUUGUGGUUCACUGCAGCGCUGGUGUGGGUCGGACAGGCACAUUCGUAGUAAUAGAUGCCAUGAUUGACAUGAUGCAUGCAGAACAAAAGAUUGAUAUAUUCGAUUUUGUAGCACGAAUUCGCAACCAGCGCCCACAAAUGGUUCAGACUGAUAUGCAGUACUCCUUCAUUUAUCAAGCCUUACUUGAAUACUACCUCUACGGCGACACAGAACUAGAUGUGUCCUCUUUAGAAAAGCACUUGCAGCCAUCACAGAACACAGCGCCAAAUCUCGUCAAAAUAGGGCUAGAAGAAGAAUUUAAAAAAUUGACAAAUGUUCGAAUUAUGAAAGAAAACAUGAGAACUGGUAAUCUGCCAGCGAAUAUGAAGAAAGCCAGAGUUAUCCAAAUCAUCCCAUAUGACUUUAACAGAGUGAUUCUUUCUAUGAAAAGAGGUCAGGAAUACACAGAUUAUAUCAAUGCUUCUUUCAUAGAUGGCUAUCGGCAAAAGGAUUACUUCAUUGCAACUCAAGGACCACUUCCUCAUACAGUGGAAGACUUCUGGAGAAUGGUGUGGGAAUGGAAAUGCCACACAAUUGUUAUGCUCACUGAAGUUCUGGAAAGAGAGCAAGAAAAAUGUUUUCAAUAUUGGCCAUCAGAGGACUCUGUUACUUAUGGAGAGAUUACUAUUGAAAUCAAGAGCGAUUUGCUUGCUGAUGCCAUAAGUGUACGGGACUUUCUGAUUACACACAGUCAGGACAAGCAGGGCAGACUGGUCCGACAGUUUCAUUUUCAUGGAUGGCCUGAAAUUGGAAUUCCUGCUGAAGGGAAAGGAAUGAUUGACCUCAUUGCAGCUGUCCAAAAACAGCAACAGCAGACAGGAAACCAUCCGAUUACGGUGCACUGCAGUGCUGGAGCCGGAAGAACAGGUACAUUCAUAGCACUCAGCAAUAUUCUGGAGCGAGUCAAAGCAGAGGGGCUCUUAGAUGUUUUUCAAGCUGUGAAGAGUUUACGACUGCAAAGACCACACAUGGUGCAAACACUGGAACAGUAUGAAUUCUGCUACAAAGUGGUACAAGAUUUCAUUGAUAUAUUUUCUGAUUAUGCUAAUUUUAAGUAAAAACUCCUGCCUUAUUUUUUUUAAUUUAAUCAUUUGUACAGAGAUUUGUAAAUCACUUUAAUUUAUUUCCAUUGUUAUUGUUGCAUUAUUAUUAUUUUUUUUAACUCUAAAUGUACAAAUGAUCAUGUUGUUUUGAAUGCAUCCUUCGAUGUAUAUAUUCUUUGAGCAGGCUUCCACUCUGAUCCAAGAUCUCCUAAACAAUUGAAUACUUUUCCAAUCAACUGUUACGUGGGAAAAGAGAAAACAAUUCCAACCUCUCUCCAAAACAGUUGAGCAGUGGGAUUUUAAUUGUGAUGAAAGAUCUCUGAGUGUUCAGCUCCAUUUACUGGAUGAAAGAGAAGAGCUAUACACAACACACUCAUUUGCACUUGGGGCUCCAUCCUGCAUAAAACCUGUGUCUGAAUGUGGCAGCUGGAUCAAGAUGGUCUUUCGGGUUUCGUGUCCAGUGGCUAUGGACUAUAUAUUACAGUGUAUACUGUUAUUAAAUAGGGCACAAAACAGCCUAUGUUAGGCAUAUUUAAGACUCACUGGUUUCAGUGAGUAUAAUAAGCAUAUGCUUAAUUUUUCCCAUUGAAAUGUAUGGGACAUAAAGCCGGGUUCAUGUCUUUGAGUAGUUCAGACUCUGAAGUGUUGCAUCAGUCCCUGGGAUGGAAGCCCAUGUUGAGCCCAUGGAAGUCAGGGACAUUAAUAUUAUAUAAACAAAUUAAAGGGACUUUAAAGUGCUUAAUUAUUCUUUAUCAUCUUGCCAAUAUUAUGCCUAAAUGCCUGUGAAAUUGUGGUCUUUUUAUUUCUCAUCUUUAACAUUCAAAUAGGUUAUAAAAUAGCCCUUAAUGUCUAUAAAGCAGAGAAAUAACAGUAUACACGCUAGAACCAAAUUUGUAUAGUCUUCAACCCGUGUAAAUUAUUUCACUUGAACAACUUCCACACUGUGAUCACAGCUUAUUAGGAAGUUCUGUAUGAAUCCCAUUGUGAUGAAUGUGGCCUGUCCAAGAAAAUGAUGUUUUGAUGGUAUAUUUUAGUAACACCAUGCUCCACAUACAAAACAUUUGAUAUUAAUGUGGAGGACUGACUGGGAAAGACAUUGUUUCAGUUAUCAAAAAAAGUCAGUUAACAUUCUGUAGAUAUAUAUAUAUCCUUAUCUCAUCUUUCAACAAAAGGCUAAACCCUUCUGUUUUGGAGCGGAGUUACUAUUUACAUCCUUACUAUUAAGCACAACUCUUUCAGUGGAUUCUAAAAAUACAAGAAGAAUCCCUUAUAGUGACAAUAUGAAAUUUAAACAUUAGCCUCAAAACAAAAGGUAAUAUUUUUUUAUUGGCAAGUUUCUAAAUAAUUCUUUUAAACUGAUUGAUAACAUUAUAAUGUAAACGUGGAAUAUGUAAUCAGUUUGUCAAUCGCUAAUCAGUCUUAUAAUUUCUUCUUAGGUUAUUUUAUUCCACAUUUUUAAAAGAAAGCAUAUUUAACUUAUAAAGACUUAACAAUGUUUUAAACUAUUUGGUGUUAUAAAUUUGAGAUAUUUCUUCCUAUUGUUACAAAUAUAUAAAUCUAAAUAUUAAGCAAACAAAAUUGCAUCCCUGUUAACUAAAGACAUUUGUGGCUUACAUAUCAUUGAAUAAAAUGAGACAGUGGCCCUUCCAGAUCUGCGGGAUCCGGAUCUGUGAUUUCCAGCAACUCCAGAUCAUUGUGGCCCAUAUUAGUAAGUGAUGGUGGCAGAGAUGUGACUACAGAAACUUUGAAGCAUACAUGUUCACGCUGCUGUUACUUCAUAAUAUGGGCAGGUUUUUUUAUAUUUAUGCCAAGUCCAAUAAUCAAAUACAGUAGAGUCUCACUUAACCAACAUAAAUGGGCUGGCAGAACGUUGGAUAAGCAAAUAUGUUGGAUAAUAAGGAAAGAUUAAGGAAAAACCUAUUAAACAUCAAAUUAGGUUAUGAUUUUACAAAUUAAGCACCAAAACAUCAUGUUAUACAACAAAUUUGACAGAAAAAGUAGUUCAAUACGCAGAAAUGCUAUGUAGUAAUUACUGUAUUUACAAAUUUAGCACCAAAAUAUCACAAUGUAUUGAAAACAUGGACUACAAAAACAUGACUACUAAAAGGCAGACUGCGUUGGAUAAUCCAGAAUGUUGGAUAAGUGAAUGUUGGAUAAGUUAGAUUCUACUGUACUAGUUGGGAGCAGGGGGAAGUGGCAACAAUAGCAAAGUGUCCAGUUAUGUUUCUUUAGCUACAUUCUUAUAGCUGGGUGCAGUUUGAUGACACGAUCCUCCUGGAUUUAUGGAGAUCUUCCAGGAGCUCCUGGAGGUUAUCUUGCCACUAUGUAUCCCACUACUGGCACAAAGUUGAAUACUUAAACUGCCACUCUUUACUAUACUGGCUAGCAAAUUGCCGUGAUAUAUAGUAGAAUAAUAGAAACAUAAAGUUGGAAAAGACUUCAUGGGCCAUCCAGUCCAAUCCCCUUCCAAGAAGCAGGAAAAUCACAUUCAAAGCACCCCCGACAGAUGGCCAUCCAGCCUCUGCUUAAAAGUCUCUAAAGAAGGAGCUUCCACCACACUCCAGGGCAGAGAGUUCCACUGCUGAACAGCUCUCACAGUGAGGAAAUUCUUCCUAAUGUUCAGGUGGAAUCUCCUUUUCUGUAGUUUGAAGCCGUUGUUCUGCGUCCUACUCUCCAGGGCAGCAGAAAACAAGCUUGCUCCCUCCUCCCUAUGACUUCCCCUCACAUAUUUAUACAUAGCCAUCAAGUCUCAUCUCAGCCUUCUCUUCUGCAGGCUAAACAUGCCCAGUUCUUUAAGCUGCUCCUCAUAGGGCUUGUUCCCCAGGCCAUUGAUCUUUUUAGUCGCCCUCCUCUGGACACAUUCCAGCUUGUCAACAUUUCACUUCAAUUGUGGUGCCCAGAAUUGGACACAGUAUUGCAGGGGUGGUCUGACCAAGGCAGAAUAGAGGGGUGGCAUAUGAAAGAUAACUUUUAAUGUGCUAGAUGAAGUGAGGAAGUGCGGGAGUAUGUUUCGCUUUCUGCAACACAUGUAGUUAACAGAAUGCCAGCUGAUUAAUGUCCUUGAAGCCUUGUUGGUGAUCAGAUAAAUGCACUUGCGUUCACUUAACAUUAGUGAUUCUUCAGGCAAAAUAAUGAUACAUUGGAUUUUGUAUCUAUGAAUGAUCUGAGAUCUCCUUAGCUCAAAGAUAUGUGCAGAUCUUGCAUAGGAGCAAAGAUUUUCCCAUAAAUGAUGCCUGUAAGAUAGUUUUUCUUGUCAUGUGUCCCAUAUACCUUUAGUGUGCAACCAGACAUGCACAGAAAAUAACAAAUUUCUUGGGAUUUGCCUAGUGGAUUGUAUCCUAGAGUUUUACUUUAAUUGUCAUGAUAACUUGCCAGGGGGACUCAACAUUCAUAUAUAAGAUAAAACAUUGCUAGUAUCAUGUUAGCAAAGGAGGAAAAAUAUCAUUUGUGUGGGAAAUGUUUGCCAAUUUCCUCUUUCCUCUGUAUACCCUCUGUGCUUUGGAAGAACACUGGAGAGCACUGGGUUCAUAAAGGCGGGCUCAAUAAAAAUGGCAUUUUCUCCAUCCUUCAGUAAAAACAUCCUGAAUGAAUUUCCACUCGUGAGAGGUCCAAAUCAUACCCAUAGUAUGAGCAAAAUUAGUAUGAGACUAAUAAAAGACACAGUACUUCAUAACCCUAAUAUUUCAGUACAUACAGUAUAUAUAAAAAAGCACAAAUUGCAAAUAAAAUAAAUUUAUAUAGAUAUCUAAUAUGCAAAAGUUCUGGAUCAUCCAUUUGCUUGGAUUUUGAACAUAAUUAUAAAAGCCUUAUUGAAAACUAAGUAAUCUAGUUGUUUCUGUUUAGCUCCUUCAAUGUGUUAUUCAGUGUUCUUUUUAAUGCAGUGUGUAGAAGAAAAGAAAGCUAAAUACUUUUAAUAAUGCAGAGACUAAUAAGGUUUUCACAUCAGUCUGUCUUACUUUUAAUUGAAAAAGUUCAGGUUAGAAGUCUAAAAGCACACUGUUUUAAAGCACUGCCAUUUAUUGCUUGUGUCUUCCCAGUAAUGCACUUCUGUAAAUCUAUAUGUAUGUAUACCUGUUGUUAUUAUGCACCUAAUUAAUAGAAAUUAUUGUAAGAGAUGGCUGAUAUUAAGCUCUCUAACCCUAAAAGGAAACACCAUUAUUUGGUAAGAGUUGAAUGUGAAAUAUGCUUUCUCUCCUGGUAUUCUCUGAAUCUGAAAUGCCGGAGGAGAACUACUGUACUUAGCACAGUAGAAAAACAUUUUCAGUUUCUUUUUAAGUAAGCAUUUCCACACACAGUUUUAAAAUCUGUUUAAGCAGCAUAAGAAGGUCAAAUGCUGCCUAUGUGUGGAAACUGCUGUUUAAAGAGAGGGAAUAAAUGUAGCUAAACAAUAUUCAUAUUAUUCCAGAUAUCAGUUAUGGUUUUACAAGACAGCUACAUAUGAUAGAUUUACAAUAGACUCAGGUGAUACUGACUGUGACUACCAGAAAUUAGGAAUGGCCAUAGGUAUAGAAGAUGAACCUUUGGCCUCCAGAUGCCAUCUGGUCCAGGGAGAUCCCUUAGUUCUCCGUCGACAUUGGCUAACCCUUUCAAAACGGAAAUGGGCAGAAGAGAGGAAAGGCCAAUGUUCACAAGCUUCAUGGCUUGCCUUUCUGCACAGUGAAAGUGAAGCAGAAGCGAAGCAUGCUCAGCCAGUGCUUCAGGAAAUACUUCCGUUCUAGCCUUAGGACUCAUCUGCUUCCCAAAGUGUUGGCUUAGCCCAUCUUCCUCUUUACCCAAACCAAAACAUCAGUUUCCAGUAGUAGAACGAAAUCCUGCACUCAUAGGAGGGAGGAAUAAUUACAAAUACCAACCCCUCAAUUCAAAACUUUGAUUUAAUUGCUUGUUAUAUAAAGUUGUAUUUAUAAAAAUGGACCCAGAAACGGAAUCAAGAAAGAUCCAUGAAUGAAAAGGGAUUUUGAAAGGUUUCUUGUAGUUAUCCUUGCUCCUGCAAUAGUGAAAUCAGACUAAUUGGACGUUAGACUGAUUUUUGUCAUGCAGAGACCCAUUUUUAAAUAGCGCAGAUCUCUCUAUCAACAUGGAGUAGCUUCCACAGCCUUCCUUUUCAGAGGCUUUUGUUGGGAUUAUGUUCUCUGAAGCAGCCCAAAGCACACAUAGUCUCCUCUCUCUGUUACAUCUCUUUUAUGUGAUUUACUGCUCCUCUCAUCUGUCAUUUUAUGAUGAGAAGCUUUGACAUAUGUGUAGAAAACACUUUUGACUCCAACAGUAUGGUUUAAAUCCCAACCUGUCUUAUUUUCGUUACAAAGUCUGUGAAAGCUUGUAAGGUUUGUUAGUCAGCUCAGAGAUUUUUAGUCAAACAAGGCUGCUAUACUUCAUACGACAUAAUAAAUCUAUUUGAGGAUUUCCACUUAAUUUUUUACAUUGCAUGAGAUUGCAUUAAUAAAUGCCAAAUAGUGAUUAGAAAUUAUAUGUUCUGAUCUGCAUAACUAGUCACUAUGUGACUCAAUUUAUUGUCUUGCGUGACAGUGGACGUUGAUUGCCAAAGCUCUUAAGUACCUGCUUAACUUGGAACCUGUGCACAAAUAGUGAUACUAAAACGGUUUAUUUCAAACGGUAUUCCUUGGAAACCCUGGGUUCUAUGUCUUGUUAUUAAGGAUUUAGCAAUGAGAAGAUUGGUUAACUAUGAGCAAGUUAACCAAAACAGGAUGCAUUAUUUCUGACUUUCUUCUGCAGCAUAUCGCAGUAAGGGCAUGUUAGAUAGGUUUUAUGCAGUAGGAUUGAAUGUUUAAGAGGACAAAUUUAUACGAGCACAUGUGAGCACUGAACAUGAUUGUCGUUCUGGAUAGCCCACUGACCAUUUAGGUAUCUGGGCACUUUCUUUCUGGACUGGUUUAUUUAUUCUCCUGAUUCUCUUCUUCAUUAUAUUUGUGGACUCAGCCUCAAAAUUCAGGAUUAUGUCAGCCUGGGAAGUUUUGCGAUGAAUGGGCCUAGGCCAGGGGUGUCAAACCCAAGUUCUCCGAGGGCCACAUCAGCCAUAUGGUUGCCUCCAAAGGACGGUUCAUAAUUGAAAGACUGUUAGAGAUGUGUGUGAACAUAUUUCCUUUGUUUUCUUUGUGCUAUCGCUUCGUGUCGACAGUUCAUCUACAUGAAAUGAUAAGAUUAUAUUUUUGUACGAAACAAUAGGCAACACGAUAAUGAAAGCGGCACAGUCAUAGUGCUGGCUUUCGUUUUCAGCCACAUGGCCUGUAUACAUGUAAUGAAAGCCUUGAGGAACACAUAAAAUGGCAUGAUGGGAUUUGGCCCUCAGGCUUUGCAUUUGACAUGUGUGGCUUAGUCUGCCGUCCUAUCUUUAAUGUUGGGACCAGAAAUGGCAGAAAGCAAAAACCAAGCUCCCUUCACUUUUCAGGCUUUUUUCACAGAUUUAGAGUCAUAAUGGAAGUUAUUUUGCUGUCAGUAUUCAACAAGUGUUUUUGCAUAAUGGAAGUAGUUUUGCUGCACUUCCUAUUUUUUCCUGACUUUUUUCAGCUCUAAAAUAUUUAGUGAAUUCAUUAAUGCCUUUUCACAAGCUUUAGGACCCUUCCCAUAUGAAAAGUUAUCUCACAAGCGCUUCCUUUGAGGUUAGUGGGAGAAUAUGUUUCCCAGUCUAAAGAGAGACUUAAAAGGCACACUUGGGAAGUUUGUUUCCAAAAGAUACCAAAUUCAGAAAAAUAUAUUUUAUAAUAAAAAAUGAGUUAUAGGUGGCAGCACACUGUUGGCUUUUUUGUGUGUGUCAGGAGUAACUUGAGAAAUUGCAAGUUGCUUUUGGUGUGAGAGAAUUGACUGUGUGCUAGGACAUUGCCCAGGUAAUGCCCGGAUGUUUUACUAUCCUGUGGGAAGCUUCUCUCAUGUCCCCACAUAAGAAGCUGGAGCUGACAGACGGGAGCUCACCCCACUUCCCAAAUUCGAACCGCUGACCUUUUGGUCAGCAGUCCUGCCGGCACAAAGGUUUAACCCAUUGUGCCACCGGGGGCUCCAAAUUGUUGGCUAGGAAUAGAAUAUCAUAUGUAGAUCCAAACUUACAAAAAGUAUCCAAUCUCCUGGUACAAGGCAUGAGAAAUGGCAUUUUAUUGCAAAAGAAUGCAUAUCCUCAGCACAUUGUUUUAAUUCCUGUAAAAUUUGUUGAGAUGAAUUUCAUAACUUUUGGAAACAAGCUCCAUACUUGGUGGGUUGGAAAACAAAAGAGCAGAAACGAAGCAAUGAAGAGUUCUUCGGCAAGAAGAGAAGAAUUGCCAAUUCCCAAAUUAAAUGGAAAGAACUACCCCACAUGGAGGAGCUAUGUAGACCAUUUGAUGGGUGGGAAUUUGUGAAAAGGAUUGAUCAUCUCAUUCCAAUAGGAGCUGUCUUCCAGGCUGCACUUUGUUUUUGCUUAGGGCCACUUCUGGUGGAUGAUUCACCUGAGAUAAAACAAAUGCCUCAACAGUUUUUUGCAAUCCAGACAAGAAAUUUGUCCUUAAAAUGGUAUUACAGUCUGCCUUCCACAUGUGCAGGUUGGAUGUUUAUGGAACUGAUUAUUCAUGGAUUUGAUGGAAGUAUUCUCUAGGUCAGUAGUUCUCAACCUGUAGGUCCCCAGGUGUUUUAGCCUACAACUCCCAGAAAUCCCAGCCAGUUUACCAGCUGUUAGGAUUUCCGGGAAUUGAAGGACAAAACAUCUGGGGACCCACAGGUUGAGAACUACUGCUCUAGGUUUUCCAUGACCAACUUCUGGCAGUUGACCACGCAUAUAUCUUAUAGGGGCCAUCUAAGUCUCAUUUGGCCUAGUGGGGGUCCUGGAAAUCUUCAGUGAUAUGGUUGGAUCCUCAGCAAUGCACCAUAGAAAACAGGGUUUCUUGAAAUGAGCAAGUUUGAAAUCUUUAGGUAUAUACUUAAUGGCUUGGUUUAAUCAGACCCAAAAGAAGAAUGCCUACUUGUAUUGAUCUGUGUUUUGAAAAGGACUUUUAUGAAUCUUUUUUUAAGCCUGAACACCUUUGUUUCCGACAUGUUGAAAUGUUUUCAUUAGGCAUUAUCAUUUUAAUGUAUUGCUAUGAACUCUUUUCUCUAUAUGCAAAACUGUACUUAAUUUAUGACAAAAUCUUUAUAAUAUAUGUAUGUAUUAUACAGUGAUAUUUCCUUUUAUUACAUUUAUAAUUUGAUCUUGCUGUAUUUAUAAUGCCAGUGAAUGUUGCUGAAUUAUUUGUAUAUGCAAAUUGCAAGAUCUAAUCAUUCUGAUGCAAGAACAAGGCUUCAUUUUUAUUUUCA